AUGGAAUCUGACCCGCAACUCCCCAACGGCAACUCCACCGCUGGUGUCGCUGCUCCUGCCGCAGGAUUCGGAGCUGCCACCACCACAAUUCCAUCGUCAAAGAUUUGCCAACUGGCAGAGUCCUUGAAAUUGGAACAUCAGUUCCUCCGAGUUCACUUCGAGCACUACAAGAAGAUGAUCCGCGCCAACCAUCUUGUCGUCGAGAAAGAGGUAUCAGCCAUCAUCUCCGGUGUAUCUGAGGCUGCGGAUUCCGAUCUCUCCCGGGACGACGCUGUUCUCCAACUCAAUUCUCUUGUAUCCAGAUUACAGGGCCUUAAAAGGAAGUAUCCAGACAAGCCAACUAGACAGCAAAAAAAGGAUGUAAAAGAGCUGAUGGCAAUAUUAUCUCGAAUGUACCCUUGUAAGGAAUGUGCAGAUCACUUCAAAGAAGUUCUCAGAGCCAAUCCCGUACAGGCUGGAUCUCAUGAAGAAUUUUCACAGUGGUUAUGUCACGCGCACAAUGUAGUUAACAGAAGCUUGGGAAAGCUAGUAUUUCCAUGUGAACGGGUUGAUGCUCGGUGGGGCAAGCUAGAGUGUGAGCAGCGUGAAUGUGAUCUACUAGGGACUUCGACCAAUUUUGGGAAGGGAACAGGAUGA